UCGGCGCCUGCAGAGAAACGGUUUAAUCACCAGCAUCUGAAUUUCUCUCUGCUUUUCCCAGAAAACUUCUACGGCACCCCGAAGCCUCCAGCUGAGCCCAGCGCUCUGCUGCUCAAUGUAACAGACCAGCUGCUGCCGGGCGCCAGACCCAGCUCCGAGGGCAAGAGGAAGCGGAACAAGUCCGUCAGCAACAUGGAGAGAGCCGGCGUCGAGCCCCCCAAGGAGGAGGAGGAGGAGGAGAAGCCCGUUGUCAACGGCAACGGCAUCGCCGUCACCCCAGAGUCGAGCGAGCACGAAGACAAGAGCACAGAUGCUUCAGGGGACGUCGGACCUCAGAGUAACCCGGCAGAGGCCCCGGCAGAGAUUCCCCAGGAGGACGGCCAGUCCCCGAAGACGGUGGUCCCCAAACCAGAGGAGAACGACGAGCUAGGACCGCUGCCUGACAACUGGGAGAUGGCUUACACCGAGAAAGGAGAAGUCUACUUCAUCGACCACAACACGAAGACGACGUCGUGGCUCGACCCGAGGCUCGCCAAGAAGGCAAAGCCGCCGGAGGAAUGCAAAGAGGAUGAGCUUCCUUACGGCUGGGAGAAAAUCGAUGACCCCAUUUACGGCAGCUACUACGUCGAUCAUAUAAAUAGAAGAACCCAGUUUGAGAACCCGGUUCUGGAGGCGAAGAGAAGACUCCAGCAGCAGCAGCAGAUGCAAAGUCAGGGUCUGUCCUCACUGCCCCUUCCCGCUAUCUACAGAGCGGAGGAUGCCAGCCCCAGCGCCACCCUCCCCAGGCGCCCUCGUGCGCAGGCCGGCCCGGUGCCCGAGCGCUGCCACAGCCUCGGCGACCUGUCCCGCUCCCCGACAACCGGUCGCCGGGCUCCCUCGUACGCCACCUCCUCUUCCGCCGAAGUGUCUCCGCUCCGGAGCGUUCUGACUCGGCGGAUGAACACGUGCCCUCAUAGGCAGCGGCAUCCGCAGCCCCUUUACGCCUCCGCCUGCACUGUUCUGCUCGAGCAGCCCGUGUGCAGCCCCUAUUCCCUGUGGCACAUCGUCAAGAAACCCCUGUUCACCCGAGACCCGACUCAGCUGAAAGGCAGCUUCCUGUCCACGGCGCUCCAAAAGAGCAACAUGGGGUUCGGCUUCACCAUCAUCGGUGGGGAUGAGCCUGAUGAGUUCCUCCAGGUCAAAAGCGUUAUUCCUGACGGACCCGCCGCAGCCGAUGGCAAGAUGGCCACAGGGGACGUCAUCGUCUACAUUAACGACGUCUGUGUUCUGGGAACGACCCACGCUGACGUGGUUAAACUCUUCCAGUCGGUUCCCAUUGGUCAGAGCGUGACGCUCGUGUUGUGUCGCGGCUACCCUUUACCGUACGACCCAGAGGACGCCUCCAACACCAACAACGCCACUACCACCAUCAUCUCCCCGCUGGGCAUCAUGGAGCAGCGGCCCAUCAUGGUGAACGGCAGAACCGGCUACGAUAACUACCUGGACUACCUGACGCGUACGGCGCGCUUCGUCACGGACCCCAGUCAGGACCACAUCAACUCCCAGCAGCCGCCACUUCUCGGCGCUCACCCAGGCGACACGCACCUGGACGGCUCGCUCCCGGCCACCACCGGCACCACGCCGCCUGACAGCGUCUCCAUGGCGUCGUCGGGGGCAACCCAAGGGGAGCUGCUGACGGUGACGAUGGUGAAGGGCGUGGACGGGUUCGGCUUCACGAUCGCAGACAGUCUGACGGGUCAGCGCGUCAAGCAAGUCCUGGAGCCUCAGGGCUGUCCGGGUCUGUGCGAAGGUGACCUGAUCCUGGAGAUAAACAAGCAGGCAGUGGCCGGAUUCACCCACACGCAGGUGGUGGAGCUGCUGAAGGAGUGUGCAGUGGGGGCAGAGGCCAGCCUGGUGGUGCAGAGAGGGGGCACGGGUAAGUCCACACGUCUUCCUGUUGUUCUCCAGAGGAGCAAAGUGAGUGAUUCUGUGUGUUUCAGUCCAGUAGUAAAAGCUGAAUCGGUCCUAAAUUGACCAACAGUAGCUGUG